AUGAAUAACAUCAACUUGAUAAGUUUUAACUGCAAAAACGUGACGAGAUCAGUGGAAUGUGUGCGGCAGCUUUGUCGCUCGGCGGAUGUUGUGGCGCUGCAGGAGACGUGGCUAAUGCCGCACGACCUCGGUUUCCUGGCCGCGAUUGACGACGACUUCGCCUGCACGGGUACCUCUGCAGUGGAUACCUCGGCAGGGGUCUUACGCGGUAGGCCCUACGGCGGAGUUGCCCUACUGUGGAGAAAGGUUGCGUUUCCGACGGUGACCGUAGUGAAGUGCAAUAGUGUGCGGCUCGCCGCGAUAAAAAUCGAGCUCAGUGAUCGUUCCAUCUUGAUAUUUUCUGUGUAUAUGCCUACUGAAUCCAAUGAAAACUUAGUGGAAUUCACAGAGUGUCUCAGUGAAAUGACAGCCAUAAUUGACAGUCACAAUGUGCAGUCAGUGUUUAUGUUAGGGGACUACAAUGCGCACCCCGGUGAGUCUUUUGCUACCGAACUUUUAACUUUUUGUGCGGAACAAUCGUGGUCCUGUGUAGACCUGGAACUUAUGCCGGCGGACAGUCAUACAUUUGUAAGUGAUGCGCACGGCUGUCGGCGCUGGCUCGACCACUGUCUUGUGACAAGUGCCGCGCGGCAAUCCGUGUCCGCGGCCUGUGUGUUGUAUAAUACUUAUUGGUCUGAUCAUUACCCUGUAUCUAUACGAUGUAACUUUAAUUUGCUUAAACCUAAGAUUUCUAUACCUACUACUUGUAUAAAUAGGGUAGUCUGGGGCGAACGUGACUCAACUCAGAUAACGAAAUUUAAAACUGUAUGUCACUCUAGACUUCGUGAGAUUAAUUUUCCUUCAGAAUUAAGAAGCUGCUCAGAUGAUAUGUGUCGUAACCAAAAUCAUAAAAUCCUAUUAGAUAACAUGUAUGACGAGAUUAUUUCUAUUCUGUCGGAGGCCGCUAUUAGUAGUUAUAAUGUUACCGAAAAGCGUAGAUGUAAAUACAUUACCGGGUGGAAUAGGCACGUCCGCGGCGCUCACGAGAAGGCUCGGCUAUGUUUUCAGGCUUGGUUGUAUGGGGGUAAGCCCGGGGCCGGCCGUCUUUAUGAUGAUAUGUGUGAAACAAGGCGCACUUUUAAAUCAAAAUUAAAGUGGUGUCAGAAUAACCAACAACAAAUAAAAAUGGAUAUUAUUGCUGAACUUCACUCAAACAAGAAAUUUGGUCAGUUCUGGAAAAACACCAAUAAAAUGAAUCAUAAGCCGGGCCUCCCCGUCAGCGUGGCGGGAGUGCACGAGCCAAGUGAGAUCGCCACCUUGUUCUCCCACCAUUUCAGGGUGGACUCACCUCUGGGGCCAGCGCGGCAGGGGCCCGAUGCUGAGGAAGGUGGUGAGCGUAGUGUUUAUUUUACUACGAAGGAAGUGCGUGCGGUGAUCAAAGGCAUGGUGAGGGGUAAAUCCCCGGGUCACGACAGCCUUAGCAUCGAGCACCUGCAGCACGCAGGUGUACACCUACCCAGAGUGCUUGCUAUGUUUUUUACCAUGUGUUUAGGCCACUCCCAUCUGCCCGAUAAUCUAAUGCGUACUAUAGUUGUACCAAUCAUCAAAAAUAAAACUGGUGAUACAUCGGAUGUAAACAACUAUAGACCGAUCUCACUAGCUACAGUGGUCGCCAAAGUACUGGACAGUCUGCUUGGUCAGCACCUGGAUAAACACGUCUCGUUAAACGACGCUCAGUUUGGUUUCAGGCCCGGGCUUUCCACCGAGAGUGCUAUCCUGUGUCUCAAGCAGACUGUACAGUAUUACACGAGUAGAAAGACUCCAGUCUAUGCAUGUUACCUCGAUUUAUCCAAAGCAUUCGAUCUUGUAUCGUACGAUAUUCUAUGGGGUAAAUUAAGGAAUGAAACUUGUCUACCUAGGGAAAUUGUGAAAUUGUUUAUGCAUUGGUAUAACAAUCAAAAGAAUUUUGUAAGAUGGGCAGGCUCUCUUUCGGGGGAGUAUGGGCUGGAAUGCGGGGUGAGGCAGGGGGGGUUGACCUCCCCCAUGCUUUUCAGCCUGUACGUCAACCGACUGAUCGAUGAGCUCAGCAGCACCGGCAUAGGGUGUCAUAUAGAUGGAGUCUGCAUGAAUAACAUCAGCUACGCAGACGAUAUGGUGCUGCUGAGCCCGUCGAUUGGUGCCUUACGAAGGCUCUUAAAAAUUUGUGAAUCCUACGCAGUGGCUCAUGGGCUCAAAUACAACGCGAAAAAGAGUGAAAUAAUGAUUUUCAGGCCGGACAACAAGCGAUACACAUUUGUUCCGAAUUUCACUCUGAGUGGUACAGCUCUAAACAAAGUCGAGCAAUUUAAGUAUUUGGGCCACUGGGUCACCGAAGACCUUAAGGAUAGUGUGGACAUUGAAAGGGAGCGCAGAGCGCUGUCUGUCCGAUGCAACAUGUUGGCCCGCAGGUUUUCACGGUGCACGGGGACUGUCAAAGUUGCACUUUUUAAAGCGUACUGUCAGUCCUUUUACACCUGCAGCCUGUGGGUUAACUAUACACAGCGGACAUACAGCGAUCUGCGCGUUCAAUACAAUAACGCGUUCCGGGUGCUGAUGGGGCUGCCGCGCCACUGCAGCGCCUCCGCGAUGUUCGCGGCGGCUGACACAGACGGCUUUGCGGCCAUCAUGCGUAAACGGUGCGCAUCUAUCAUGCGCCGCACGCGCGACAGUCCCAACACCAUCCUGCGCGCGCUGGCGGACCGGUGGGACUCUCCGAUGCUGGCGCGCUGGAUACGGCUGCACGCAGUCGUUUAGUGAUUUGCCGCCAUCAUCGGGAAGCCCACCCGGACCUGCCACUUUAUGUUUAUUUUAGGUUAAAAAAAAAAA